GUUGGAGCUGACACACACACACCCCUUUCGGCCCUUAAAGUAUUAGUUAAAAAUUCCAACUAAAAGGUUCAAAAUAGUUACAGAAAUUUUGUUAAAAAUUCCAUUGCUUGCCCAAAAAAAAAGAGACCACAAGUAGCUUGGCCAAAAUGACCUCCACAUUGGUGCUCCUGAUCGCCAGCGUUGUGCACUUCGGGAUGCGCGGCAGUUGCCUCCUGGACAUCGAGCGAUUCCCUGUGAUUCCGGGCACCGUCUACGCCGGUCACAUCGCCUACUGUGCCAUCCUGCACUUCCUCCACGACAUGGAGGUCCUGCCCAUCCGGUAUCGCCGCCGGAUGGGCUGGCUGACCGCCUUCCUGGUCGAACUGGUGCUGGGCGUGGCCUUCAUGGAGGUCCUGGCCCUGUGGCUCUGGUGCAGCGUGGAGCACAUCGUCCACCUGACCCUCCAGUUCGUCCUGCGGCGCUACUUGGGCAUGUCCACCGAACUCUAUCAGCGCUGGGAGUGGGCCAUCAUGGGUGGCCUGAUGACCACCCUGGCGGCCCUGCUCUGGCUGAAUGCCUUCGAGGCCACGGAGCCUACUGAGGUGCCCAUGGCCAAGUCAAGGAUUGGCCAAUCGAUUAUCAAGAGGAAGGAGGAGGAGAAGCAGCAGGAGCAGGAGCAGAAGCAGCAGGAGGAUCAGGAGGAUCAGGAAACGGAUCAGACCACUGAGCAAUCGGAGGAGGAUCCCGAGGAUAUCACCCCGUCCUGCGAGGAGAAGCCCCUAGAAGUCCUGGCCACAACCACCGAUUGCUAGCUAUUAACUAGCCAGAAACCCAUCCUCCAAUCCUUCAAAGUCCCCAACUCAUCCCUGGACAAAAGGACUCCACAAAGCGGUCUCAAUUAGAUGAACGAUCAUGCCGGACCUCGAGACCAGGACCUGGCAACUCCAGAGGACCAGAGCAAAGCAAAUGUAUUUAUUCCAGCCAGAUGGACUCGAAAGGCUCUAAAGACCGUGCCCAAAGGAUGCUCGGCAAAGGGGGCGUGUC